AUGUUCCACACCUUCGAACUCCGCCAUAACCCACGCCCAGCGACUCGAGAAGAACGCCGUGGACGACGACCAGGAUUACGAGCCUGCAAGGAAUGCCGCCGACGCAAGAUCCGCUGCACAGGGACGCAUCCUUGUGAGCCGUGUCUGUACUACAAGAAGCCCGAGCUGUGCCGCUAUUCGGAUCCCAGAGUGCCCCACAGCAGGACCGGAGACGACGGUUGCAAUGCAGAUAGUCAGUACCGAGCUGUUCUGGAGAGAUUGUUUCCUUCGGUCUCCUUGCAGUCGAUCGUAGAUCUGACGCGUGAGGAGCUGCUGGAAUUGUUACGACAUAGCAUACUUGCCUCUGAUCUACCCCCUCCGCAGCCACCAAAGAGUCCCGAUGAGCAUCACUCGCGAUCGUCUUUGGAGGCGAUGUCAAUGGGAAAUGCUGAGAGUGGCGAGGUUAAUGCUGUCAAUGAAGACGACGAGGUAUCGGAUGAUGUCAACGCGCUCUCCAUGGCGACGCGUCCGCCGUCGACCUACCUGGGCAUCUCCUCUAUCAAUGCCGUCCUCAAGGUGAUCAGAUGGAUCAAUCCGGAAUCAAUGGCUCGACAGUCCACUACAACUCCAUCGAGGAACGAGCCUAGACGGAAACCGCCCGUUCCCAUACCCCCAUCAACCCAACCCCACGCCAGCGACCAACUCAUCGAUGCCUACUUCAACUUCCUCCAUCCCUCCAUGCCUCUCCUUGACGAGUCCGAUUUCCGACAGACCUACAUAUCCAACACCCGGCGCGACGAGCACUGGCUCGCCCUCAUGAACAUGGUCCUCGCCGCAGGCAGCAUCUCCCUCUACCCCAGCGACGACACCACGCACAUCGCCUACUGCAAGCGCGCACGCCAAUACCUCUCCCUCGAAUCCCUCGGCAGUGCACACAUCGAGACCGUCCAGACCCUCGGCAUCAUGGCCGGCCACUACCUGCACUACAUCAGCCAGCCGAACCUGGCGUAUGCGCUCAUCGCGGCCGCGAUGCGGAUGGCCACCGCCCUGGGUCUGCACAAGGAGAUCGCAGACACAGACGAGAGCGAGAGCAGGCCGCUCCAGUCAUCGUCGGUUCCCUCCGAUCUGCGCCGGCGGAUCUGGUGGUCUCUAUACUGCCUCGAUACAUGGGGUUGCAUGACCCUCGGACGGCCAACGCUAGGCCGCUCCUCGAUGGCAGUCUCGACCAAGCCGCCAGUUAACACAUCGAGCUCCCUCAUCCUCAUCGAAAACAUCCGCUACUGCCAGAUCGCCACCCGCGCACAAGAAGCCCUCGCCGCAUUUCCUCUCCCUUCUUACCAGCAACUCCAAGAUCUCGAUGCCGAAUUGACGGACUGGUACGCGCAGCUCCCACCGCUCCUGAAAACAUACGAGCCCUGCCCGGACUCGAUCCACACGGCCCGCACCCGCAUGCGCUGGAGUCUUCAUAAUCUGCGCAUCCUCCUCUACCGCCACGUCCUGCUACACUAUGCCCUCCACCGCGUCCCCACCAUCACGCUCCAUACUGAAGAGCGUCUCGCAAUUGAAAAGUGCCAGCGGCUCGCGCACGAGGCAAUCGUCGAUAUUGCCGAGGCGGAGGUGAAGAGUCCUGCGGCUGCGUGGGGGGUCAUCUGGCAUGGGUUCCAGGCGAGCCUGGUGCCGCUGUUGACGUUGAGUAUUCUUGCCACGGAGGCCGAGGGGGAUGCGGACAUGGCGAUGGUGGAGUCGUGCAAGGAGCAGGUUGAGGUCGCCAUGGCGGCGAUUGCGCGCGUCGAGGCGUGGCAUUCGACUGCGCGGCCGAGUCUGGAUCUCAUUGAGAGGAUUUUUCGAGCGUCGAUGGCGCGGUUGGGGGCGAUGGCCGUGUCGGUGUCGGGGGCCUCGUCGGAUGGAACGUCCCCUGCGGCGGGGGAGAGUGUGUAUCCGGUUGAUUUGCGGUCGGGAAUCCAGGUCCCGCAGACCGUCCCGGUGGCGUACACGGGGAAUGAACUAGGCGUGUCGAGUCAGGAUGUUUGGGAUUAUAUCAGUUGGGCGGGGCAUACGGCGUGGACCGAUGUGCAGGGGCAGGCUAGUACGAUGGACUUAUGGUCCACGCCGGUGUGGUGGCAGGUUUGA